GCGUACGAAUUUAAAGGAACAGCUGAUUCCUUUGUUGAAAUUCCAAAUGACGGCAAGCUCGAUACACAGAACUCCAUGACUAUUUUAGCAAACAUUUACCCCAGCGGGAGUGGGGGGCCCAUAUUGAACUACAAAACAGACGGCUGGGGUGUACACUUGUGGCAGUUUGAAUCAACGGAGCUAUUUGUAAGAUUUGUACACCGCAACGGAAUUUUCCAUAAACCAAUCGCUUCAAGAGUUUUACAGGUUUGUGGUCGCUUUUCUGUUUCGAUAUUAUUAUGCAUUAAACUUUGAUACUGUAUGGUGUAAUCAUUUUAAGGUGACUUACAACGGUAUUCAUUUCAGCGCUUCACGCACGCACAAACUCCCUGGUAUGGCUAGUACCUUACGCAUGCGCACAACCAUAUCACCCCGGCAAUGGCAGCCAUGGACAGCUGUUUCGUCCUUAUUGGGACUCAUCAUCAGCAUAACAUAGCCCCAGGCAAGAGGUCUCUCUCGGGAUCAUCGAUCCCAAGUGGUAGGUUGUGUACGGUGGAGCUGUCACUUAGAGGAGUGCUUUUGCACUCGCCUCGGUAGUAAACGCCGGGGUCGAUGAUCGCGAGUGAGACCUCUCGCCUGGGGCUAUGCCAUGCCGAUUGGUCCUAAUGAGGAAACAGCUGUCCAUGGCUACCAUUGCCGAGGUGAUUGGUUGUGCGCGAACGUAAGGUACUGGCCAUACCGCCGAGUUGGUACGUGCGCUUCACUGCUGAAAUUGGUAUUAUUUACUGGAGUAUUUACGACAGACCCACCCUAAAAAGGGGAGGGGGGGGUAAAUGUUACGAUCUCGUCCUUCUUUCGAACCGUAGUAAUAAAGUCGCUGAUACAUGCGUUCGUCUCCUUCGAGGGAAUUUCUUCUUGUGAAGUCUUGAACCUUCCUCGACCUCAACAGUUGUUUAAGCAUAGUAACAUUCUGUCAAGUUUUCUUUUUUGUUCUUUUCGUUUUCUUGACUCGUAAUAAAUUCAUUGACUGAACUUAUGUCUGCAAGGUGGGAAAACCGGUACAGCUUUUUCACUAGUGAAAAAUUUCCUAUGCGGCCUGUGAUUUGUCAUACGAUAUUUUCGAUAUAUAUAUUCGAUAUUUUUUACUGGUGUGUAUGACCAAUCAGAUUGUUCCAGUUUUUGUCAGACCAUUCUUUUGACAGCUCUGUUUAGAGUAACUGUCAGUGGUCACAUACUAAAUCCUUUACCGCCGACUGGCAAAGUCAAUUAAUUGCAGGGUACGGAACUGUAAGGCAAUAGGACUGGGCUCGAUUCCACGUGGAACCAACACUUAGGUUCUUAAAACAACAGAGAAGGAGUGCCACCUUUGCCGUAGAUACACUUUCCUUUGUUGUCGGAUAAGGGCGAGAAACCAUGUGCACAUGUAAUUUGCGCAUUAUAACUAAUAGAUUUAUUAUUAACCAUGUACCACAUGUCACAGUUACUUAAACGGACUCUGUAGGUCGUAAAAGGACUUCUGGCCAUCCGUAACAAAUCUCAGACAGUUACUUCCACUAGUGUCCGCCUCAUUUCACAUUUACCUAACAACUGAUAACGUCAUUGAUUGUAAACUUCCAGACAGCCAUUUGAGCCCGUAAGCAGUCUAGCGAAGUCCACCACAUAGUGAUGUAAAUUAUUCCUGAAAAUCCUCAAGGGAGUGAAUAACUAACAUCCCCGGGUAGAUCUUGAAUGACAAAUGACACAAAUGCGCCUGAAGUCAGGGGAGGAUGGCACACUUAGUGGUUUACUGAGCCAUACUGUUUUAUAGUCUGUUGAUUCUAGUGAAUGGCCAGCUUAGAAUGUAGAAAGAGCUCCGCUUUUAGGCUUGGCUAAAUUGAUGUUUUAAGAUACUUGUGUUUCAUUUUUGCAGCUGAACGAGUGGAAUCAGGUUGGUGCAACAUACGACAACACGACUGGUGUAGCACAGCUGUGGCACAAUGGCAAGAUGGUGAAGAGUCGCAACAUCGGUCAGAUCAAACUUGCCACCCAGUAUCCAAUCAGAAUCGGUGCAAGGGAUGGGGAUGAUAGAAGGUUCGCUGGCAAAAUUUCCUGUUUGCAGAUUUACGACAAGGCUCUGGAUGAGCAACAGAUUGGAAACCUCAAGAGUUGUCCAGUCAAAGGUAAUGAUUGCCGCUUUUCAUCUAGUAAACUUGUACUUCAGUCAUAUCAAAGUUGUGCCACAGGCUACCCAUUACAGGUAUACCCCACAGUCACACUGUACGUCACCUUUCACUACAAACGAAACCUGCUCGUCAGUCAAUAACAGCUUCCCGACUUCUUCCAAGAAACCUACAGCCAAGAGAGAUACGAUUGUUAUGUUCAAUUUUCAAUGUUUCUAAUUUCUUAUUUCUUUUGACCCUGCCAAUAGUAAAUAAACUGAACAGUAUAAUUUACUUUUCAUUAAUAACUUUUUAAUUGUAUCUGCUAGGUAGUUGCUUUUCUUACUACAGGGUAAAUAUGAUGGUAUGUUCAGAACUGAAUUAAAAUUAUUUUUUCACCCAUCCGAAUAUACAGCUCGGGUAAUACAUUAACGACAUUGAGGAAUAAAACUACCUAUUUCCGUUACGUUAAUUUUAUUCGUUUAUUCAUUUAUUGAUGAUAUUUGAUUCACAGCGAAAAUUUCCCUGGAUGACGAACAAGAUUCUGGUUUUGGAUCAGGGUCGGGAGACUGGGACGAACAAGACUUGGAUUGUAAGUUAUUUUGAAGUUCUUCAUGAAUAUGAAGGAAGCAAGUAUACUACAUUAUUACAAGGAAAAUUCAAGCAUCAAUAAUGCAACUAGACAUAAGUUCCUGUUUACUUUACUUACGAGCAGUUUGUAAUUCUCUUACAGCAAGUGCCGUUUCCUUUUCUCACAAUGCUGGUAAAUAUGAUAAGGAUGAAGAAGCCGAUGAUGAGAUUCAGGGUAAGAAUCAGACCAAGUAUGAUCGGGGCUGACUAAAGUAGUAGGAAACUGGACCGAGUUAACGUUGGCAAAGACUUCUGGGACUGUUACUUGGAACAGGGAAAAAAUUGGCCAAUAGCUGAUCAACGCGUCCCCCGUAACGAUCCCAGAAACAAUUGCGGGAUACAUUUCGGCUCCAGUUCCGUUCUUGUAUUUAAAGUGGCGAAUGCGUCAGAGGCCCCGUCAACACGAAUCCGGAUUUUUUUGGAAAGGCAUUUUUUCUACGCGAAUCAGCCUUCCGUCCACAUGAAGCCGGUGAAUCAGCUCAUUCACCCGUGGCCUAUUCGUGUAAAAAAAAAUAUGCAGUUUCAAAAAUAUGCGGAUUCUUGUGGAUGGGGUCUAACGGCUUGUUUACAUGGAGGUGGGGGACCCCAGAUAAAUGAAGUAACAUGUGGUGGGUCACCCCACGUAUCACGUAAACGUGAUCAAAUUAAAAUGAGAGAUUAUAUGGACAGGCGGGUUACCCCACCUAAGCGGGUUACCUCACCUACCUGGGGUCCCCCACCUCCAUGUAAACAGGCCCUUAAUAGACCUUUUUAGCUUGACGUUUGGUUUCAGACCACGUGAUGUUCUUCAGGGAAUUUGCCUUUUGCCUUUUGUCUUUUGAUUAAUUAUGCAUACAUAUGCACGUGGAUGCAUGUGCAUAAGACAAAACUUGAAAGACACAGUUUUCUGGGUGCCAUCACGUGGUCUGAAAUAGGAAAACAAAAGAGACAAGCUAAAGUGGUCUAUUAUCCCUAUACUUUGUUACUUGGGCUCGGAAAUGAUGCGCUCGUUGGAGGGGCAACUAAAAAUCUUGUUCCUUCACUAAGUUUGACAAAAUUAAACAGAACAGUAUUCUAAAAUUAUUCAGUAAUCAAAAAUUAAUUGGUAAUUAAAAUUUAUUACCAAUAAUGAUUAUCUCAGUAAUCUUUAAAUGUACGAUUUCCGCUGAUCUGUAGCUAAACUAGUAAGGUGUAACAGUCAUAAGGGCUCUGCUCUAUCUCUAACAUAUCGUUGUAGAUGUCUUUGUUAGACAUGCUGACUUGUAAGGCUUUUAUCUUUGUGUAAAUCAUCGUCAAUUUGUAGAUUUCACAUCGGCACAUUUAGCAAUGAUAUGCAAUAAACAUUUAACCACUUUUUAUGAUAAUCAUGCUUUAACUGUAACGACUGAUUGAGGGUAGAUAAAUAAUUGUUCACAUUUAAAAUGGUAAUUAUGUAAAUCACGUCAUUUGAUACCAUUAUUAUCUCACUUAUUUUUCUAGGUUCUGAGUCCUAUUCAGGUGAGAAUCCGACAUUGAAAGGCAUACAAAAUAUCCUAACUUAAGCGUCCAUCUUUUGACUUUUUCUUAGCCUGCGAAUACAGCCCUCCCUCCUCCUUCCUUGCCGCUUAAAACAUUUCGUAGUCUCUCCUGCAAAACGUCCCUCAGGGGCACCCAAUGACUAUAUUCUGUAAAAUAUCUGUUCGAGAGAGCAAAUAUUGCCUAGAAAUUUCUAAAGCUUGAGAAAGGCUAAAAAUUUCAGGAUAACCGUUCCAUUCGUCUAAAAUAUUCAGAGGUUUUCUAAUAGCUUAACUGCGAUUUUUGGAGGUUGUGUUUUCACAUUUUAAUAUCAAGAUAUUGCGAUUAUUGUUUAAAAAAAGGCCUCCUAAAACUUUCGGAAUAAAGACAAAACGUUCCCCACAAUUUUGUAUGAAAGCAAGGCUACUCCAUGUCCUCGAACUUUCGCCCGGACCCAUAAGGGUAGCUAACACUUUCGGAUGAGACGAAAAAAACACCUAAAACUUUCGUUGCGACCAAAGUUCCCCUAAGACAUCCGAACAGAUAAAUAGUUUUUAGUGCAACUCUGAAUUGACCAAACAGGCCUCUAAAGAAUAGAGAAAAACAUCUGAGACACUUCUGGCGUAUUUGGAAACAUUCGGUCGUCCCUGGUCCCUAGCAGCGAGAAACGAGGAGAGACGGUUAUAUUCGCAGGCUGUGUUUUUGUUUGUUUAGUUUGUUGUCUCUAUACGUUUUAUAGAGUAAACGAAAUUAAAUAUCACUUGUAGGAAACAAGUGUGAACCUCAACCGUGUGAGAAUGGAGCUAAGUGCAUUCGUGACAGCAAGAGACUAGAUGGAUAUAGGUGUAAAUGUACAUCAGAUUUUACUGGGCGAAACUGUCAAGGUAACCCACUGCUUUUCAAAAAAAUCCUUUUUAUAUGUCAGGAUGUGUGAUUGAUUAUCACAAUUAGUGCCCCAUUUACACCAAUUAAACAUGUUUUAUAAAGCCAGGUUUAAAAAAAUUGGAAAACGUAAAUGGAAAAUUGGAGUACAUACAUAUAUACAGGAUUCAAACAAACUUUAACAUUCUCUGUAAUUUGCACAUGAUUUGGAAUAGCCUUAAGUCAGUAAGCAGCGUUUAUGAGGAAAACAAUUUUAAACCAUGUUGAACUAAACAGCUAUUAAACGUGUUUAAGCUUUGGUGUGAAUGGGGCAUGUCGUCUCUCGCCUUUUGGCAGCGAUGGAAGUAACUCGAUGGCAAGUUCUGAGAAAGUAUGGGCACAUCGUGCGAUAUAAUUAAUAAUUAUUCCUCGAGCCCGAAUGGGCUCUGAGUCAAUAGCCCAUGAGGCCGCGGGCCGAAUGGGUUAUUGACUCGGAGGCCAUGACGGCGAGAGGAAUAAUUGUUUUAGUAAAAUCCAACUGGUUGGUCAAAAAUAUCGAGAAUAAAAAAAAUUCAGCUAGUUAAAGCCAGACUUUAACCCUUAUUUGCCGCCAAAAAGCCCGCGCUUUUCGCUACUAGUGGGCUAUACCAUAUAGCCUAGUAGUAGCUCAACCAAUCAGAACGCAGCAUUGAUAAUAGACCGCUAGUAGGAUUUUACUAACAAAUGAUAUUUGGCCGCAGCAACUGACGGAUAUUACUGGGCGAUUUACACUCAACCAAAACUUUCGAAAAUUUGGAAGCAGGACAAGCAGCGGCAAAUGGUUCAAAAAUUUCACGAAGGAGUUUCCAGAAAUUCCAGAAACUGUUUAAUUUCCGAAAUACGAACCAUUUCACCGAAAAUUCUAGAAAUUCCGGGAGCAAAAUGAAAUGGAAAGAAAACUUCCGGGAAAAAUUUUUCAAAAAGUUGGGUAUAACUCGCGAGGUUGUCCUCCUUUUUGGAAAUUUUGGAAAAUGCUGUUCCUUUCGCUUCUGGAAGUUGCCCGAAAAUUUAAACCAGACGUUUUGGUUGAAUGGGAAACGCCAAAUAAUAAAUAAUAGGUUAUUUUGCAUAAAGAAAUCGAUAAGAAUUAAGGUUUAUGUACGCGUAUUUCUUGGAUUAAGAACAAUGCAUAAGUGGUAUACUUAAAGUAAGUCGCGAUUUGUAGAUGUGGCCACGUUCCCAGACGCUCUGACAAUCUAAAUACAUUACUAUUGUNACCAUAUAGCCUAGUAGUAGCUCAACCAAUCAGAACGCAGCAUUGAUAAUAGACCGCUAGUAGGAUUUUACUAACAAAUGAUAUUUGGCCGCAGCAACUGACGGAUAUUACUGGGCGAUUUACACUCAACCAAAACUUUCGAAAAUUUGGAAGCAGGACAAGCAGCGGCAAAUGGUUCAAAAAUUUCACGAAGGAGUUUCCAGAAAUUCCAGAAACUGUUUAAUUUCCGAAAUACGAACCAUUUCACCGAAAAUUCUAGAAAUUCCGGGAGCAAAAUGAAAUGGAAAGAAAACUUCCGGGAAAAAUUUUUCAAAAAGUUGGGUAUAACUCGCGAGGUUGUCCUCCUUUUUGGAAAUUUUGGAAAAUGCUGUUCCUUUCGCUUCUGGAAGUUGCCCGAAAAUUUAAACCAGACGUUUUGGUUGAAUGGGAAACGCCAAAUAAUAAAUAAUAGGUUAUUUUGCAUAAAGAAAUCGAUAAGAAUUAAGGUUUAUGUACGCGUAUUUCUUGGAUUAAGAACAAUGCAUAAGUGGUAUACUUAAAGUAAGUCGCGAUUUGUAGAUGUGGCCACGUUCCCAGACGCUCUGACAAUCUAAAUACAUUACUAUUGUAUCUAAAAUUUUGAUUUCUUUUUCUCUUUUUUAAUUUCAAGUGUCCAAGCCAGACGCUGAAAAUCCAGUCGUUAAGAGAGCAAAAAUCCCCAAACCCGAACUCAAGACUGGCAGCGAAGGUUAUCAGAAAAAUGCCAGUUCUCUCAGCAUCAUUGGUGAGCUUUUGGUUCAUUUUACAUUAACUUCGUUUGCACUGAAAAUAGCCUAAGUUUCUUUCUUUUUUGUCAUUAUUGUUGCUGUUGUUUUUUGUCGUUUUCUUCUUUUUUUCUACUCAUGAACAGGGAUAAUAUAAUAGUAAAGAGAGCGAACACACACAUGAUCUUUAUUCCAUAAAGAAUCCAUUUAAGCGUUAUUUAAGCGACAACAAUGUUAUGUUUUAAAACGUUUAUUUUUUUUCAGCUUCGAAAUCCCUGUGAAACAGCGUUUUAGAAACGCUCUCUGGAUAUCCCAUAAUGAAAAAGCCACAAUUGUGCGCCAAAUAUGUGACUUCAUUUUCCUCGCAAAAAUGUCAAGAUUUGAAAAAGUGAAAAAAUAAUGUUUUGGUAAAUAAUGAUUUUUAUUUUCAAGGCGCUUGCGUGAAAGCCUAGAAAGAUAUCUAAACAUGAUUUGAAUUUCUCGCCAUUUUAUUGCUAAAAUUAUAUACGAGGAAUUAUAAAUCUCCUACAUAGGACUAAUUUGGCCUAUAUAGGAGAUUCGAGUUCUCUAACCGUUAUUCGUUUAUUUAAUUUUCUCUUGAGAGACAAUACAAUACACCACUAUUACUUUUAGUAGGGUUUGCAGAUGGUCCCAAGUGACAAACUAGAUACAUUCUUUCUAACAGAAAACAUACCAGAAGAAAAGAAGCAAGAUGUGCUCUUACUUUUCCAAAAAGUCGGUUGUUACAAGGAUGAGAGCGUCCGACAUGAUCUGCCUGACAAAGCCAUAGUGAAAUCUGUGUCACAAGAAGACUGCGUACGAUCAUGCGCAUUAGAGGAGAAGGGCUAUUCGUACUUUGGACUUCAGAACUCUGACACAUGUUACUGCGGGCACAGAUAUGGCAAAUAUGGCAAAGCGGAUGAGGCAAACUGUAACAUGCCGUGCACAGGAAAUGACAAAGAAAACUGUGGCGGUAAUUCUACAAAUAUGGUGUAUUUCUUUGGUCUAGGUAGGUAAAACAUAACUAUCGUGAGAAAUAAGAAAAAAUAUUUAUGUUUACGUUAUUUCACUAAUACGUCUUAGCCAAUACGAAACACGGCAAAAUGAACAAAUGAGGCGAUGAGCUUUUUUCACGUUGUGCUGAAGUUGCUCCUUUUAUUCCGUAUCUUAUCUUUGUUCGUGUCUUAACUCGUCUGGUUUUAACAUAACCUUGUGCGUGAUCAAAUUUCCGUAGCUACAAGAAAAGACACUGGGCACUUACCAUUUACGUGGAGAAUGGAAAAUCCAAUGUUUUGAUCGCGUCAUUUCGUUUUGGAAGCUUCAGAAAAUGUGGGCAAUUCUUUCCAAGCCUUUUUGUCACGUCAGUCAAACCUCGUUAAUACGGACACCGAGGGGGCCAUAGAAAGUGUCCGUAUUUAAUACGGGGUGCCCGUACUAAACGGGUGGAUAGGGACUUUAAGCAACGACUACCGAAGGGUCAAGUACGGUGACCUAAAGUAUGUUUUUCCCCCCACGCGUCAUUGCCUUAAGUUUAAGAAACCACGACUGCGACAGCGGUCAAAACGUCGCUUUUUAGCAAAAAUCAAUUCGCAUUAUUUCAAGCUUUUUCGCGAUUAUUGCAAGUCGCUCAGUAGGCAAAUUCAUAGAGGAAAAAAGUUCGUCUGCGUUUGUUUACGUCCUCGAUAAAACGUGAAAUUAGACAUUUUCACGUCGUGUCCUGCAGUGAUGGCAAAGAAAUGUUGAUAAAUCAAUAAGAUGCACGUGCAAAGUUGUGGGCCGUAGUGUCUAGUACGUACAGUAUUUAGUUGUAUUUUACGUGCUUAGAACGCCAGUGUAUAUUUGAAACAGAAUCGCAAGAUAUACGCAUUGUAUCCUUUUUCGGUCAUCCUUGGAAAUUUCUGAAGGCUCAUUUUUCGAUUAAGAGCCAGUGUCAACCACGAAACCCAAGUGAGAAAUACAGACGCAAAAUACAGUUGACGAGAAAUUUCAUUAGGGAUAUCAUCUCACCAAGGGGUGUGAAUAAGACUGAUAAAACCCAAGAAGGCCUUAAUUUGCCUAUGUAUCGUCCUUUUUCAUGAAUGUUUUUUUAAACAUGUCCUUGGCGUGGGGGGUCACUUCACGGCUUCAACCUCAGGAGAGGUCGUAAGAGCUAUCUUUCCCCAGGGACAAAGCAAACUGUCCGUAAUAUCGUGGUGUCCGUAAAGCGGAGUUUGACCGUAUAUGGUAUAUUGUUACGUCAUUUAACCUCAUCUGACGUGUCUUCAGGCACCAACUAUACUAUUAGCUCUUUAACUGGAGACAUGGAUGGAGCUGACACAGACGCUAAUGUCUACAUCACAUUAUAUGGAGAGAAGGGAGACUCGGGAUUCAGAAAAUUGGACACUAAACAUUUUUCAAGAGGAAAGUAAGUACUCGUUCAUAUCUUGUACAAGUAAGUUAUUCCCAUGAAGAAAGAUUAGCCACAUCAUUCUCUGGGUUUGGUUAGCGCCGGUUAUUUUUAGGGCGAAGGGGGAAAUUUCGAGAACGCACGCGCGCAAGGCGUUCGCGUUUCCCUCGCGCACUUCGCGCCCUACAAAAAUAAUCCAUAAACUGACGCCUGUCACGCAGGGUUGGGCUUGAUUAGACUCGGGAAGGCCUGAUUAAGUUCGGUUAGUCAUUCACACAUGCUCGGCUUGGGUCGGAGAAAGAGUGGGUGACAAGCUCAAAGAGCUGAAAAGCUUGCAAAGUUAUUUAUGUUAUUCUUAUUUAAAUAGGCUAGAUCACAAAUCGAUCUUUCAUGUACCUCCCAUGCACUGGAAAGGGUACGCUGAAAAUCAGGACCACUGGCCCUCUUUAUGACGCAAAAGGCAAACAGGAGUUGUUAAACUAGGGGGCGUUUACCAAGGUUUUUAAGCCACUGUGUAAUGUUCUUUCUAUUAUAUAGACAAAAAGAGAUUGAUAAAAUAAUAGAGGGAAAUUACUGAAAUUACGUCAUCGAUAAACUCACGUGUGAUAUUAUGGAAAAUAAACUACUCGGGUCCCGGAUGUAGUAUUAUGAAUUUUACGAGUGGUAUAUUUUCCAGUAAAACACUCGUGUCUAUAUAAUAAUACCUGAUAAGUAAAUGUGGUUUACAACUUUGCUUGAUUCUGGGUGAAAGUUAACCCCCAGCCAGAUGAGUAGUCCUUAUAAAAGCCAUCAUGAAUAAAAGUUCGCCUGAAAAUAUGAAGUGUUAUGAAAAUGGCAAGUACGAAAUACUAGUUAAAUAAACCUACGUUAAAUCUUUUACAAAAAUGUCACGGACGCAAAUCAGUUUAACCACAUUAUACCAAGAAAAUGUUGUUACAUCGUCACAAUGUUUUCCAGUCUUCAUAGGCUUUAGUAGCUUGAAUUUCAGACAUCCCUUCGAGUCGCAUACUCCCAUCAGGGACGUCUGAAUCGACGAGCAGUUGAUGCCGUCCAGUGACGUCACUACCCGAAAACCGGGUAGUGGUUUUGAUUGGUUGAUUGUCCGAACAUUCGCAUAAUUAUGUUUAAUUAUGAAUGCUUACGUGAAGUUCAAAAUUUCGACAAUCUUUGUUGUAAAAAGUAGAAAAGCCCUAACCUUUGACAAACAAAGAAUCGAUGCGGAAAGACGGUAGGUUUACAUUUAGGGAGCCGCUUUGUGAGAUUUAUAACUAGCUUCUGUCGAGCUAGCAAAUUUUCGAACGCGAACAUGUUUGAUUGCUGAAUUAUGGCGCUAUACAAAGCAAAAGACUCGUUCAGAGUAUUGCAUGUAGUUAACAGUUUGAACGUUUAACAUGAGUCACGAUUUACGAAUAAACCAAUUAUGUACCAUUUAGACUUCCGGACGAUAUUUCUUUGUUUGCCAGUUGAAAAUCGUGUUUUGUUUUUUGCAUGAAUUAAAGCAAAGUAGUAGUGACGUCACUGGAUGGCAUUAGCGGCUGAUAUGGGUAUGUGACUCAAAGGGGUGUCUGAGACUCAGGCUAAUGGUUUAGAAGCCUAAGGUACAAACAAGGCAAAAAAAAGCAUUUAAGCUUUAUUCUUGAAAACUCCAGAUCACGGUAACGGACGAAAAUGGUCAAAGGUACGAGUUUCCUUGCAAGGAAUGGCUGAGUGAAACACAAGGCGGAGGCAAAACAGAACGUCUCCUAAGACUACAGCACACAUAGUGCCCGCUACUGCGCAUGCUAGUAAGGUAAUGACAGGUUGCAUAUUUCAAUAUAAGUAUCACAAAUCGAUCUUUCAUGUACCUCCCAUGCACUGGAAAGGGUACGCUGAAAAUCAGGACCACUGGCCCUCUUUAUGACGCAAAAGGCAAACAGGAGUUGUUAAACUAGGGGGCGUUUACCAAGGUUUUCCGGCCGGCCCUUAUUUUUGGCAUUAUAUUAUAGACCCUUAAAUUCGAGGACGAUGACAAGGACAACUAUGAGGACCAGAUUUCGCUUAAAUUGUUUUUCGCGUACUCUCAAAAAAUAGACAACCCGGAAAUCUUUAUUUAACUUCUUUUGUUUUUAACCAGAAAAGUUAACAAGGUUUUUUUAUUAGUGAGGGAGAUUUAACCCUCUCAGAAUCGUAAAAUGAAAAAUACUGUUAAUAAAAAUAUUUGAUACUCCUUGUUUCCGCUACCACAACAUUUUCACUGAACGCUUAGUCGAAUGACAAGGACUACCACGUUUUCCCGCCAAAAUGACGCUGGUUCACGCGUGCGCCCACCCACCAUUUCGAACUGAGAAAUUCUCGUCCUCGUCUUAGAAUCUAAAGGCCACAUGUUUUUUUCAUAUUUGGCACGACUUCUUAAAUGUGGUGCUUCCAAUUAAAUUGCUACCUUGAAGAAAUGAUAUGGGUAUCUUGAACCUAACCAUUUAAUGAUCCUAAGAAAGUGUUAAAUUGUUGCACUAUUUAAUGAAAUGCUGUAUUUAAUCCUAGUCAGUGAAUAAUAAGCAUAGUGCAUUUCAUUUUCUUUCUUGAAGAAAUGAAAAUAACACUCUGAUGUUACCGGAUCUUGGUAAACUCAGGCAAGUCAGAAUAUUACAUGAUAACUCCGGAUCAAAUCCCAGUUGGUUCCUGGAAAAGGUAAGGGAGAUUUUUUUAACAGAAUAAAGGAUAAAGAAGACUACGUGUCGUACAGUUUUACACGCGAAUUUCCAGGCUCAGACUCAAAUUAACAUAAAAUAAGGAAGAUAAAAAAAACGAAUUUUUUGUAAUUUGAAACAAAUGUGCAUUUUUUAUGUUUUAGACUUCAAUUACACACAUUUCUGGGGCUUUUUCAGUUUUGUUGGCCUUGAAAACUUUACUCGUCCUUAUUUAUUCCAACUCGCAGUGUGAAUGAUGUGAUUACCGGAGCGCAUUAUCGCCCGAGUUCAAUGUAGUACCCAUCUUGAAAUUACCGAUCCUCUUUGGCUUCGCUUCAGAAAGUCAAGUAAGCGCCCCGGACACCACUUUUAGCAUGAUAUACGGUCACUGAAGUUGACAGGUUAAGCAUUAACUUUGAAGUUAUCUUUUAAGUUUUACGUUUUUCCUUAGCGCGUAUUCGUUAAAUAAAUUCUAUUAGUUUUGCUGUAGAUAAGUAGGACGGAGCAAAAGGCGAGCUGUAAGGGGCUGAGAAUUAUUUUACAAGAACAGCACGUAUUGAGCGAAGAGAAAGAAAAAGACGUAAACGACCGUUGAAAUACAUAGAGGAUAUUACACGGUGGCGCGAAGAUAUGAAUUUUACUUUCGAGUGCCAAAACAAUAUUUUACGAACGAGCGCAGCGAGUGAGUAAAAUAUUGUUUAUGCCACGAGAAAAUAAAAUUCAUAUCUUCAAGCCGCCGUGUAAUGUUCUUUUUGUUAUAUAGACAAAAUGACAUCGCUAAAAUAAUAGAGGGAAAUUACCAAAAUUACGUCAUCGAUAAACUCACGUGUGAGACUAUGGAAAAUAAACCACUCGGCUCCCGGAUGUAGAUUUUAUGAAUUUUACGAGUGGUAUAUUUUCCAGUAAAACACUCGUGUCUAUAUAAUAAAAGGAAAUAUAUUCUAUAGUACACACUCAGGGCCUGACUGUACUACGAAACGCGGUUGCGAUUGUUCGGGGCGCAUGCGCUUCUCAGUUUAGCCCCCAGAAAAACUAGUUGUCGCGGAUGCCUAAACUCUAAUAAAAGAUGCAAAUCCAAUCCCAGACAUUCGUGUUUUACAGAUAUGUACGUCUAGGGUCCAGUUCCUCGAGGGCCGACCAAACCCAGGCAUUUUAACUUUCUUAUAGACUGGUUAGGACUGUCAUUUUGGGUUAACAUUACCAGCUCUCUAAGUGAAAGCUCGAGAAGGUUUUAUAAGCUCAAUUUACAUAUAUAGAGGAUAUUACACGGUGGCGCGAUGAUAUGAAUGUUAUUUUCGAGUGGCAAAACAAUAUUUUACGAACGCGCGCAGCGGGUGAGUAAAAUAUUGUUUUUGCCACGAGAAAAUAAAAUUCAUAACUUUAAGCCACUGUGUAAUGUUCUUUCUAUUAUAUAGACAAAAAGAGAUUGAUAAAAUAAUAGAGGGAAAUUACUGAAAUUACGUCAUCGAUAAACUCACGUGUGAUAUUAUGGAAAAUAAACUACUCGGGUCCCGGAUGUAGUAUUAUGAAUUUUACGAGUGGUAUAUUUUCCAGUAAAACACUCGUGUCUGUAUAAUAAUACCUGAUAAGUAAAUGUGGUUUACAACUUUGCUUGAUUUUGGGUUAACCCCCACCCAGAUGAGUAGUCCUUCAAAAGCUAUCAUGAAUAAAAGUUCGCCUGAAAAUAUGAAGUGUUAUGAAAAUGGCAAGUACGAAAUACUAGUUAAAUAAACCUACGUUAAAUCUUUGACAAAAAUGUCACGGACGCAAAUCAGUUUAGCCACAUUAUACCAAGAAAAUGUUGUUACAUCAUCACAAUGUUUUCCAGUCUUCAUAGGCUUUAGUAGCUUGAAUUUCAGACAUCCCUUCGAGUCGCAUACUCCCAUCAGGGACGUCUGAAUCGACGAGCAGUUGAUGCCGUCCAGUGACGUCACUACCCGAAAACCGGGUAGUGGUUUUGAUUGGUUGAUUCUCCGAACAUUCGCAUAAUUAUGUUUAAUUAUGAAUGCUUGCGUGAAGUUCAAAAUUUCGACAAUCUUUGUUCUAAAAAGUAGAAUAGCCCUAGCCUCUGACAAACAAAGAAUCAAUGCCGAAAGACGGUAGGUUUACAUUUAGGGAGCCGCUUUGUGAGAUUUAUAACUAGCUUCUGUCGAGCUAGCAAAUUUUCGAACGCGAACAUGUUUGAUUGCUGAAUUAUGGCGCUAUACAAAGCAAAAGACUCGUUCAGAGUAUUGCAUGUAGUUAACAGUUUGAACGUUUAACAUGAGUCACGAUUUACGAAUAAACCAAUUAUGUACCAUUUAGACUUCCGGACGAUAUUUCUUUGUUUGCCAGUUGAAAAUCGUGUUUUGUUUUUUGCAUGAAUUAAAGCAAAGUAGUAGUGACGUCACUGGAUGGCAUUAGCGGCUGAUAUGGGUAUGUGACUCAAAGGGGUGUCUGAGACUCAGGCUAAUGGUUUAGAAGCCUAAGGUACAAACAAGGCAAAAAAAAGCAUUUAAGCUUUAUUCUUCAAAACUCCAGAUCACGGUAACGGACGAAAAUGGUCAAAGGUACGAGUUUCCUUGCAAGGAAUGGCUGAGUGAAACACAAGGCGGAGGCAAAACAGAACGUCUCCUAAGACUACAGCACACAUAG